UUUGUGUCUCGGUCCGCAGGAACACACUCUCUGAGAUACUUCUACACUGCUGUGUCUGGAGACAUUGACUUCCCAGAGUACACUGCAGUCGGUCUGGUUGAUGAAGGGCAGUUUAUGUACUUUGACAGCAACACAAAGAGAACUGUGCCAAAGACAGAGUGGAUCAAACAGAAUGAAGGAGCAGAUUACUGGGACAGAGAGACUCAGAUUGGUAUUGGCAACCAUCAGACCUUCAAAAUCAACAUCCAGACCCUAAAGGGACGCUUCAACCAGUCAACAGGUAAAUUGGUAACAAACCUACUUCCACACACAGACAAAGCCAUUAGUUUUACCUGCCAGUGAAAUAUGUCUUCCCUCAGUG